AGGACAGAGAGCUGAAGCUGUGUCAGUGUCAGUCAGGUUUUUCUGGCUCGUUCACUUUCAUCCUGACAAAUGAACUGAUUCAUCUUCCACAGGGUUAACAAUGAAAAGGAACAGCGUUUAUAAGUUUCUGUCCGUGUUUUCUUGUCUAAUUGUCUGUGUUUUCCUUUUGUUUUGGGUUUUUGUCUUUUAUUCGAUGGUUUUGGCACCAUAAGCCUCUUUUGGACAUUCUCAUGAACGCAACGCAAGAGGUUUGACGGCAUCUAACCCGUUUAAACGACUGUUUCACCUUAUUUACCAGCAUCUGCUCGUCGUUUAUAUAACUGCAGGACAGUAUAACGCUUUAAAACAUUUAUAACUCAUCAGAAAAGCGUUUCUGCUAACACUGAACUCAAGUCAAACCCUGAAGAUCACUCAAUCUUACAGAUAGUUAGCUUCUCCUAGUCGAUACACCCGCGGAAACUGCAGCACGACUUUCACGAUGCCGGUAUUUUGAUUUUUAAAUUAAUUUUUAAGUCAUUUGUAAACUCUAGCUGCAACGAAUACGAAAACAAACCGACUGCGCAUGCGUGGAGGAUGACCGUGAUCACAUGACGCCGACUAGGAAGUGCUUGUCUGAGUGUGUGAGGAAUCCAAACAUCAGUCCUGAUGGCAGCUGAAUCGACGGCGAAGCUGCAGUUUGCCCCGUUCUGCAGUGCCCUGGAGGCGGGAUUCUGGCAUCAGCUGACCCAGAAGAAACUCAACGACUACCACUUAGACGAAAGUCCAAAAAACAUCAAAGGCUAUUACUAUAACGGUGAUGCUGUUGGCUUGCCGACUCGCUUGACACUGGAGUUCAGCGCAUUUGAUGCUGAUGGACCCACACCUGCUCGCUGCUGUCCAGCUCCUGGAACUCUCUACAACACCAACACAUUAGAAGCCUUCAAAUCCACUGACAAGAAGGCUCUCCUGGAUCAAGCAGCCAAUGAGAUUUGGAGCGCUAUUCAGUCAGGCGCUGCGGUGAACGACUCCUCAAUUCUUAACAAAUUCAUCCUCUUGACAUUUGCGGAUCUGAAGAAAUAUCAUUUCUAUUAUUGGUUCUGCUUUCCUGCCCUUUGCUUUCUGGAGGGAGUCCAACUGGUGCAGGAGCCGCUGUCAUUAGAGAAGAGUUUCUCUGACAAACAGAUAUUGAGCUUGCAAGCGGCGUAUGACAAUCUCUGCGCCUCAAGCGGUACGACGGCUGUCCCGCAUUUCUUGCUCAAGUACACAGAUGAAAGUGUUGAAGUCGCUCCUCUGAAAGACUUGAACUCCUUCUUCCCAGACCUAAAGAAGAUUACUGUGGGUGUGUAUGACCCGUGCUCACUGCCUCAACAUCCGGGCUGGCCGCUCAGAAACCUCCUCAUCCUCCUCGCAAAAAAAUGGGGUUCACAGCUGGAUGUUCUGGAGGUUUUGUGCUUCAGAGACAGAACUCUACAAGGGACCCGCUCCGUUCGGCACAGCAUCAUCUUUCGGGUCAAGCUCCCAGACCUCACGACUUCUGCAGUAUGUCCAAAGAGCGUGGGUUGGGAGAAGAACCCGAAAGGGGCGAUGGGACCCAGAAGUGUCAAUCUCAGCGAAUGUAUGGACCCUAAAAGGCUGGCUGAGUCAUCUGUCGAUCUCAACCUGAAGCUGAUGCGUUGGAGGCUGGUCCCGUCUCUGGAUCUGGAUAAGGUCGUGUCGACGAGGUGUCUGUUACUGGGAGCUGGAACUCUGGGAUGCAAUGUGGCAAGAACACUGAUGGGCUGGGGUGUGAGGCACAUCACUUUUGUGGACAACGCAAAGAUCUCCUACUCGAACCCGGUGCGACAGCCGCUCUAUGAGUUUGAAGACUGUCUGAGCGGUGGGAAGGUGAAAGCUCUCGCAGCGGUGGAAAGACUACAGAAGAUCUUUCCUGGUGUGAACGCGGAGGGCUUCAACAUGAGCAUCCCAAUGCCUGGCCAUCCGGUGAACUUUUCCGAGUUGACAAUGGCUCAAGCUCGGCAGGAUGUGGAACAGCUGGAGAAGCUUAUCUCUGAACAUGAUGUGGUCUUCCUGUUGAUGGACACUCGUGAGAGCCGCUGGCUUCCGACAGUCAUCGCUGCUAGCCAGAGAAAGUUGAUAGUUAACGCUGCUCUGGGAUUCGACACGUUUGUGGUAAUGAGGCACGGCCUUAAGAAACCCAAAGAGUCACAGUCUGAGGAGUCCAGCCCCAUGUCUGCUUCCUCCAACUCCUCGUCUUCCUCCACACCGGCAGCCGCCAUCACACCAGGAGCGUCUUUAUUCUCCAACAUACCGGGACACCGUCUUGGCUGCUACUUCUGUAAUGAUGUGGUCGCCCCUGGAGACUCCACCAGAGACAGGACUCUGGACCAGCAGUGCACAGUGAGCCGUCCUGGUCUGGCCAUGAUCGCUGGAGCUCUGGCUGUGGAGCUGAUGGUGUCUGUUCUCCAGCACCCUGAGGGAGGUUACGCGGUGGCCAGCAGCAGUGAUGACCGGAUGAAUGAACCUCCAACCUCACUGGGUCUCGUCCCCCAUCAGAUUCGGGGAUUCCUGUCAAGAUUUGACAACGUCCUUCCUGCAAGUUUGGCGUUCGACAAAUGCACUGCAUGCUCACCAGUAGUUCUUGAGAAUUAUGAGCGAGAAGGUUUCCAGUUCCUUGCGAAGGUCUUCAACUCAUCCCAUUCCUUCCUGGAGGAUCUGACAGGCUUGACUUUACUCCAUCAGGAGACACAGGCAGCUGAGAUCUGGGACAUGAGUGACGAUGACAGCAUUUGAAGGACUCCGGGUCAAACUUCAUUGGCCGUGACUUUCAUGGCAGCUUGUCUGUGAUCUUAUACUCACUGUUAAGUGAACAGUCUCAUGCACAUGUAUCUUUCAUCAUGUACUUGUUGAAAUAUUUGUCUUAAGCGUUCGCACUAUAUCUGUCUGUGGAUCUGUCGGGAUUAUAGAUGCCGUCAUUAAAGAAACUGAUGCAGCGAUCGCUCUGGUCCAGUGUUGUUCUGUCCUGAAGUGAGCUCACCCAAAAAAUGCACUCAUGUCGUUCAAACCCACUCAUUCAUCUUUAGAACAAAUGCAUUUAUUGUUAAUGAAACCUGAGAUUUCUGUCCUUCCAUUGAAACUUUCAUACAUUAAAACAUAGAAAGAGAUCCUGAAAUGAAUCCGUAUGAAUGGAGCAGUGUUAUUGAUCACUGAUGCUCAGAUUAAAUUUAGGCUAUAAUGUUUUAUAUAUUUUGAUCAAUGCACAAACACAGCACAUCACAUCACAUGUUAACAGACACUCAAUAGUGAAGUUCAUCUCAAGCAAUCAUAUUUAUUUGUAACAUGAGAGUGUGAAUUUUGGGUGAACUAUCUUUUUUUAAUGUGUUUGUCCACUGGACAGUUUUUGGGAAAACUUUCAUAAUAUUAUAAUAUAUUAUUACAGUUCCAUCAGCCAAAAAUAUAAUCAUUUUAACAGAGUGUUAAAUACGGCAUCUUCCUUAAUACUAAUACCCCUUGUCCUAACCUAAGACCUACGGGAAUUUUUUUUUUGUUUUGUUUUAAUUUAGUAUUUUUUUAUGUCAUUACAUUGUUUAGAGCAUAAGAAACAAACUGGAGAAAAAAAAAAAAACAUUUUUGAAAAAUUAUAUUUUAAUUCAUAUGAUAUGCUGUGUCCACAGUGGACACCAGGACUCGGUUGUUUAAAAAAAAAAAUGACAUGUAUAGGGAAAAACUUCUUUUUUUUACACAAAUUUUUAGGUUUCAGGAUUUCUUUUCUUUAACCCAACUUUGUCUAAUGAUUCUCAACUAUGUUAUGAAAGAUAUAACAGAAUGAAUUUAUAUACCAUUUUACUUUAUGCAAUAUGUGUGUAAAAUGGCCAUGCAUGGGUUUUCCCAUUCAAUGCAAUGUAUCUGUACACUAUCUAAUUUGCAUAUUAAUGUGUUCUUGGAGCAACAUGUAAUGAAACAGAAGUGUAAUAAUAUAGUAUGAAAUCAAUGUCUUGUUUUGUAAGUCAUAUUUUGAUUUGAAAAAAUUUGAGAUGUUGAUUUAUACUAUUUGAAAAUUAGAUUUAAAUGAUAAUUACAAAUUUGAUCAUUGUCAUUUUUAAAGCAGUUGUCUUAAACCUCCAAACAUUUGGGAUCACUGAAGCCCUGAAUGUGCUCUUUACUAAAAUAUAAUGUCAGAGGGACCCCGGAGGUUAAAGCAUUUGUGUGUCCUAGUGUCAGGGUCUUCAGAGGUCAGUGAACUGGACGAUUGUGCUGCAGGUGUUUCAGCUCUGAACUCCUGGAUCAGUGUCAUCAGGAACUGGACAUCCAGUCUCUCAACGUCUGCUCUACAUCAAUGCACUGUAAAUGUCUAGUAACAUGGGAUUUUUCUCACAAUAAACAUGGACUAUAUUCACACAGUA